AUGCCUCCGUUUGAGCGUCCAGAGACCGUCUUGACUGGGUUCAAGGAGCGGAUAGAAGCCUUGACUGUGCAAGGGGACCGACUCUAUGUUGGUACAGGAACAGGGAACUUGCAUGUCUAUAGUUUUUCUGGGGACGCUCGAGAACCAGCUGAGUUGAUCAAGAGUAAGCAAGGGUUGACCCGAAGAGCUAUUGAGCAGCUCGGUUACGUGAAGGAUAUUAACUCCCUGGUCGUGCUGUCAGAGUCGCAGGUCACUCUGUAUCCUCUGCCUGAGUUUGCCCCGCCUACUCUAUUGCUGAAGGCCAAGUCCGCGUUCUCUUUCGCCGUCCAUACAUCCGUGCAACACAUCCUCCCUAAUGGGGCCCCCGUCAAGUCAUCAGACGCACAGUUUAGCAAAGCAACAACUGUCCCCACUGUGGUGACAAACCUCAUCGUGGGAUGCCGAAGGAAGUUGAUCAUUUAUUCCUGGAAGGAUGGCGAAGCUCAGGAGGUCAAGGAAGCAACCCUGCCCCAUUCAGCUCGAACGAUAACAUUCUUGGAUAAUGACGUUAUAUGCCUGGCAUAUACACCGACAGACUACAUCUUAUUCUCACUUUUGACUUUAUCGACUACCGAGGUUGCUAUACCGUCCACAACGAGCCUUUCUGUCGCCGGAAUCAGCAACAUGGGCGUGGGCGCCCUCUCGGGACUUGGUGGCUACAUGACUCUGGGGCUUGGUGCUAAAGCUAAGCCGUGCGCAGCGAAUGUCGGCGAGUCAGAAGUCCUCAUCACGAAAGACAAUCUUGGCUGGUUCAUUGGUGCUGAUGGUAGACCAUCGCGUACUACUCAGGUCGACUGGCCGGCGCCUCCAGAGGAUAUCUCCUUUGUCAAGCCAUAUAUAUUCGGUAUCCUCCCUGCUGGAACCGUGCCGAUCGAUUUCGCCAACAUCUCCCCAUCAACACAUUCACCCCAAGCGUCUUUUCACCCAUCUCCAGUCCUACAAAUCCGAUCAUCUCUUUCCCUUUUACCUUCACAGACUCUCCCUUUCCCUUUCCACUCUACGACCACCUCCGCUCCAGCGUCACAGUAUACCUUACGAUUGUUGGUGGCAUCGCCAGCUGACAAAACUUCGCUUUUUCUUGUCAGCACCCCAGCAGAUCGUGCAGCCGCGAAUCUCGAUGGUAGUUCGAUAUGGCAGUUCCAGAUGAAGUCUUGGGGCGAGCAAAUCGACGAGUUGGUUGGUGCAGAGCUGUAUCUUGAUGCUUUGGCUCUACUGGAGACCAUCGACCCUACCAUCCUUCCUGACAAGGAACAUCGUCGGAAUCUAAUCAGAGGCCUCAAUGCGAUCUCGCAGUUCAAAUCGGGGAAAUUUAACGAAGCUCUGGAUACACUCAUAGAACUCAACGUCAAUCCUGCGAAAGUCGUCGCACUGUAUCCAGAGAUUGUCGCCGGACGUCUAUCCGUUCCACAGGAUCAGUGGAUACCUCUGUAUGGAGGACCCAGUCGGGAUCAUCCGAGGACUCAGAAUGAAAACGAAUUAACAUCAGUACACGACAGGAGUGGGGAUGGCAAUACGGAAGACAACUCUUCUGACCAUGCAUCAUCAAGAGGACGAUCUCCGCCUCCAAAGGAUAGAAAGAAAAUGAAGAGCCCGCUAGAUGCCAUCCGGCCUUCCCCUCAGAAAGAUUCCGAUUCUGCAUCAAUAGCGAGCACCAGAAGACUACGCCCUAAUGACGAUUUCAGCCGCUCUGUUGAAUCACUGCUUCGGUAUCUUCCCGAUCGGCGACAGAAGGUCGCUGGUGCUUUGGAAGCGUUUCAGAUCACCACGGCAUUGUCUCAUCAAUAUUCAGGCAUAUCAGAUUCCUCGGUUGAAGAGUUGUUUGAGAUACCGAGCUCGCCGAUGUCUUCGCUAACCCCAGAGCAAUUAAUACAAUAUUCGCGAAUUGUUGACACUGCGCUGUUCAAGGCGUAUCUAAUCGUUCGUCCAGGUUUACUAGGGUCACUAUGCCGCCUCCCAAAUUGGUGUGAGGUGGAGGAGGUGGAGGAAGUUCUGACAGCACGAGAGCGAUUUACCGAGCUCAUCUCUCUGUACAAUGGGAAGAAGAUGCAUGCAAAGGCCCUAGAUCUCCUGCGCAAGCUCAGUGAGAAAGAGACAGAUAUCAGGGACCGACUCGGACCAUCGAUCUCAUACCUGCAAAGACUCGGCCCUGAAUAUAUUGACCAAACGUUCAAGUCAUCCCGUUGGGUAUUCGAACAGGACGCCGACAUGGCAUUUGAGAUCUUUACAACUGAAGAAGUGACUCUACCACGAGAGCCGGUCGCUACUUUCCUGGAGAGCUUGAACCCCAGAUUCUGCGCGCGAUAUCUCGAGUUUCUCAUAGACGAGGGUGGGGAAGAACUACCUCAGUUUCAUGACCGCCUGGCAGAACUCUACUUGAAGAUGACGAGAGAUGCUAAAAAGAGAGGGGACAACGAAGCGCAGAGGGUGGUGUAUGCCAAACUUCUCUCUUUCAUCGACACAACGAAUCACUAUAGAGUGGAUCGUUUAUUCGGGCUGUUACCGACCGAUGACUUUUUUGAGGCGAAAGCAAUUCUACUCGGACGUCUCGGUCGACACAAUCAUGCACUCGAGUUAUAUGUGUACCGUCUGCAAGAUUAUACAAAGGCCGAAGAAUACUGCAAACGCACAUACCAACCAGGGACAGAAACAAGUAAUAUCUUCCUGACACUUCUGCAAAUCUACCUUCGCCCAGUGGUGAAGACAUCUGACGACCUCCUCCACCCUGCACUUGGCUUGAUCAGCCGGCAUAGUCCGCGACUUGACGUCGAAGAGACUCUGCAGCUGCUUCCACCUCUUGUGACAGCUGAAGAGCUUCGCAUAUUCCUCCUUGAAGCCCUCCGUGCGCCUGUCUUUGAUACGAAGGUUCUUCGCGGCAUUAGCAAAGCACACAGCGAGCAGGUUGCAAGGAAGUUAAUGUACCUACAGUCCAGGAGGGUCAAAGUGACCGACAGUCGGAUAUGCCCUCAAUGCCACAAACGGAUUGGACAUAGUGUUAUUGCGGUCCAUGCUCCAGGAGGCGAAGUCACGCAUUAUCAAUGUCGUGAGGCAUUUUCGCGCAAGUUGAAGGAGAUGAGACAUACGUGAAUAAGCGUUCGGCAACCCAUCAUCAUGGACACUGUUAUAAUACUAUUACGGAGAAGGAAUCAUCAUUGACUAUCAUCUUC